AUGGGAACUCAAACUGAAUUAACAGCCGAACAAAUUAAGCAAAUGGAAAAGGAUUUAGAAUACCAAAGAAAGUUAUUAUACCAAGGUGCUUUGGAAAUAGAUAGAUUAGAAGAAGAAUUAUCCAAAACACAGGAAGAACAAACUAAAAAUAAUGAAAAGUUAAAAGAGUUAACCGAAAAAGUCAAAAAUUUAACUCCAAAUAUAGUUGAAAAAAGUCUGUUAAUGACUUUUGAUACAGUUAAAUUUGAAAACCUUCUGAAAUUGGAUUUAUCUAUACUAAAAGAAAGUAAGGAUUUUUUCGAAACUGGUAAGACAAGUCAACGAGAACAAGAUUGGAAUGAACUUAGCAAAGAUUAUAAAAACAUUAAGAAUUGUAUAGUAGUAAUAUUGGACUUGGCCAUAAAACAAAAAGAACUGGAAGAAAACUUCAAACAAAAGAAUGAAGAAAUGGAGAAAAAAACCCAAGCACUAACCAAUUUACAAACCCAAUUAGACUUAGCCACAAAAACUAAGGAGGAAUUGUCGGAAUAUUUAAAGAUAUACCGAGAAAUGAAUGUCAUUUCUUUUUCUUCUGGUUCCAAUUCCUUGGCUGGUAAUAGAUUUUUUUCUAAUUUGGACGACCCACAAACAACAAAAGUAGAGAAAAUGAAUAAUUUUGAAAGGUUUAUUCAACAACAUGGAAAUGUUGGUGUCGUUUAUUUAUACUUAACAAAUAAUAAACUUAUGGAACUAGGAAAUAAUAACAUUUUUAAUAGUGUAAGGGCACAGGAAUGGUUGGAUAGGAAGUAUCCAAAAGAAAAUAGGAGUGAAGUAGAAAAAAUCUAUCUAAAUGAACCCAAACAACAAGGCUUAACUUACCAAGAUGCCAAGGAAUGGAUUGGAGUUGGAUUUGAGGUAGGAGAAUAUGAAUUUGUUGCUUAUUUAAGAGAUGCAGUUUAUCCCCAAGAACAAAGAAAAAAAAUAACCAAAUUAAAACUUUCUUAUAAAAACCUCAAUGAUAGUUUAGAUGUAAGUGAUUUUGUUAAUUUAGAGGAAUUAGUUUGUCAUAAAAAUCCCCUAACUGGUUCCUUAAACUUCCUAAGCAGUUGUCAGCAAUUAAAAGAACUUAAUAUUAAAAAAACUAAUUUUAAUGAAGUAAACAUAGAUAAAUUACCCAGGAGUUUAGAGAAGAUUGAAUAUUCUGAGGAUAGUCCUAUUGCCACUCAAUUAGAACUAAUUAGAUGA